AUGGUCUGCUCCAUGGAGAUGGAUCUUCCUUUUAUGCUCAAAGCCACCAUAAACAACUUUUACCCAUUUGUGCUCCAAAGUCCCCUAGACAGAGAGAGAGACUCGGAGCACAACAACACCAUCACUGCAACUGCUCCUAGGCUCACUUCAACAAGAUUGAUUAAUGUUCAGAUCUCCGAUGUCAAUGAUAACCCUCCCAUUUUUGAAAAGUUUGCAUAUGACAUGCAAAUCAGGGAGAAUAAUAGUCCAAGUUUGCUCAUCAACUCAGUCUACACUCUGGAUCUGGGCACAAAGCUGAAUACUAAAGAAAUUUACUCACUUUUGCUUGGGGAGUGCAAUUCUCCUGGUGAUGGCAUGAUGACUUCUUACAUUUCAAUCAACUCUGAAACUGGAAACAUGUAUGCCCUCCGAUCCCUGGACUAUGAGCAGAUAAGAGGCUUCAGAGUCACUGUGAGGGCAUCUGAUGGUGGUUCUCCUUCCCUGAGCUCAGAAGUGAUUGUCCGAAUCCACAUCAUAGAUGAGAAUGACAACGCUCCCUUCUUCCUGUAUCCCCUCCAGAACAACACAUCCCCAUGCAAUGAGCUGCUUCCCAAGUCAGCCGAGGCCGGCUAUCUGGUCACCAAGGUGGUUGCAGUGGACGCAGAUUCUGGCCAAAACUCCUGGCUUUCCUAUGAAUUGCUGAAGGCCACAGACCCAGCCCUUUUCAGCAUAGGAGCGCAGAAUGGGGAAGUGAAAACCAGGAGAGUCCUGAAUGAGCGAGACACAAGUAAGCAGAGGCUGGUGAUACUGGUCAGAGACAACGGCCUUCCUCCACAGACCAGCACGGCGUUGCUUAAUGUUCUUCUUGUGGAUGGCUUUUCGGAUCCCUUCCUGAGGAGGGUGGAUGUCAGUGUGCAAGAACCGGAAGAAGAUAAAACCUUGACCAAGUAUCUGGUGAUCUGCUUGGCUGCAGUCUCCUUUGUGUUCCUGGUCUGCAUUGUUGUGUUUAUUGUAGUCAAAAUCCUCAAGAAGGAUCUCCAAAGCCAUUUUACUGAGGCUGUUCCUCACUUCCCACCUGCCAGUGCUGAUACUGCCGAGAACUAUGCUGAUUCACAGAAUGGGUCAUUUUCCUGGACUUAUCGUUAUGAUGUUUGUUUGACUGGUGGAUCCUUAAGUAGCGAGUUCCAUUUUCUCAGGCCCCUCUUUCCGGUCUUUUCCGUGAGAGAUGUAAAUAUUCCCAGGUACCACAAGAAUUCUGGUUGUGAAGAUACUUAUAUGCCAGCUACAAGGGGAUGUAAAUUUGGAUAUGCAGAUGACCUGGCCCUAGUAGCGCAAGAUAAAAACUUGGAAGUUUUGGACUGCCUCCUCUCUGAGGAUCUGAAGUCCCUGGGAAAAUUCUUUGCUGACUGGAGACUCAUACCCAGUAUCAGCACAACGGUGUCCACCUAUUUCCAUCUCAACAACAAACUCGCCAAUGCCACCCCGAAGACCUACCUGAAUAACAGCUUACUCCCUUAUGAUCCUCACCCCAAAUACCUUAGAUGGAAUCAAAUAUCUACAUUGCAAAACAAAACAGAUUUUCUUGCCAGCAGGCAUUUUCACUGGAUAAAAAUUAAGAGGGUUACAUUUGGAGCAAAAACUGAAGAUAAAGAAAUUUCCUACACAAUGGAAGAUCACUUCCUCAAGGACAAACAAGGUCUGUAUCUUUUGCUUUUCCUCAGUCUUUUUGGAACACUGUGUAUUUCAGUUCAUUACUCUGUCCCUGAAGAAAAGAAAAAUGGGUUUGUAGUGGCUAAUAUAUUGCAGGAUUUGCAAUUGAAAAAAGGAGAACUCUCUACUCGCAGAGCCUGUUUAAUUUUUGACAACACUAAGAAAUAUUUCCACCUUGAUACCCAAAAUGGGGAUUUGUUGAUAAAUGAUAAAAUAGACAGAGAAGCUUUAUGUGGUCAAAAGGAGCCUUGUUUAAUUUUUUCUCAAAUUGUUCUAGAAAACCCACUGAAAAUCCAUAGUAUUGAAAUACAGGUAGAAGAUGUGAAUGAUAACGCUCCUAAUUUUGCAAAAAAUACAUUUACUAUACAAAUAUCAGAACAUGUCCAGGUGAACACCCGAAUUCAGAUGGAGUGUGCUCAAGAUGCUGAUCUAGGAAAAAAUGGUAUCCAAAAUUACACACUCACUAAAAAUUCACAUUUCAUAGUAGAAGUACAGACUGAUGAACAUGAAAAGAGAAAUGUUGAUCUUAUUCUGCAGAAACCACUAGACAGGGAGAAGGUGCCUUAUCUUCAAUUAACUCUGACGGCCAUUGAUGGAGGAGUGCCACAAAAAACAGGCACUGUUCAAAUUAAUAUUGAUGUUCUAGAUAUAAAUGACAACUCUCCUCAAUUUUCUCAAUCUGAAUAUAAGGCAAGAAUAAAGGAAAAUCUUCCUAAGGGCACACUGCUGAUUAAGGUGGAAGCUAGAGAUCCUGAUUUUGGUUCAAAUGCACAGAUACUCUACUCAUUCCAUCGAGUGUCUGAAAAAAUAAAUAACUUAUUCCUUUUAAAUGAAAGGACUGGAGAAAUCACUGUUAGGGGACAGAUUGAUUAUGAAAGUGAAAUCAGUUAUAGCAUAAACAUCAAAGCAAUGGAUGGAGGAGGACUGUCGGGUCACUGCAAGAUAUUUAUAGAGGUUGAAGAUGAGAAUGAUAAUCCCCCAGAAGUGUCCAUCAUAUCUCUGAUCAGCACUUUAAAGGAGGACUCUCCUCUGGACACAAUGGUGGCCCUCUUAAGUGUGAGAGACCAAGACGCUGGAGACAACAGCAAAACAGUCUGCUCCGUGCAGAUGAAUCUCCCUUUUGUGCUGAAAGCUACCACAAACAACUUUUAUCAGCUUGUGCUCCAAAGUCCCCUAGACAGAGAGACGGUCACUGAAUACAACAUCACCAUCACUGCCAUUGACUGGGGAGCUCCUAGGCUCACUUCAACAAGAUUGAUUAAUGUUCAGAUCUCCGAUGUCAAUGAUAACCCUCCCCUUUUUGAAAAGUCUUCAUAUGACAUGCAAAUCAGGGAGAAUAAUAUUUCAGGCUUGCUCAUUGGCUCAAUCCAUGCUCUGGAUCUAGACACAACGCUGAAUGCUAAAGUGAAUUACGUAGUUCUGCCUGGGAAGGACAAGAAAAUAAGGAUUGUCAUCACAGAUAAUGUCCAGGAAUUCUAUGAACAUUACAUAGAGGAAGAAUUGGACAGCAGAGAGGAGUUGGAAACCAAAAGCCAAGAGGAGCAGCAGACAGAGGCAAAAGGAUUAGACCAAGAAGUGAGAGAGAAGAAUGAUACAGAAUUUCAAGAAAGAGAAGGAGUGAGGACAAGAAAUCAAAGGGAAACAAAACUAAGGAGAGAGACAUUGAUGCUACAAAUUAGACAGAACCAGGAGAUAAAGGGAUUGAAAAUUAAAACACAGGAAUACAAAGUGCAGGCCUUUGCGGACGAUCUAGCAUUCAUCGUAAAAGAACCCCUAGAAACUGGAUUAAUAUUAUUACAAGAUAUAAACUAA